CUUUGCAAAGUAAGCAACCCAAUUAGUGUGUGUAGUUAAGAGUUGGGUGGCCUUCCUGGCUUUCAUUCUUCAAAUCGAUUAUUUCGAAGCUUUUCUCCCUCGUUCCCUCCGCCUCUUCAUUCGUUACUUAUAUUUACCUUCUCCCUUUCUUCAAUCUCUCUGCUCCUGGAUUAACAUUUCAAUAAUGGCUACGGCUUACUCUCCCACCAAUUUUGUUAAUCCUUUAUCUAUUAACACUAGAUCUCAUGACAAACCCCUCUUUGAUCCUCUCAAAACCACUACUUCUUUUCUUGGAUCUACUCACAAACUUCGACCUACUUCUCUUCAAUUUAAUCAACCUGAUACUCACCGUCGAUCUGCUGUUGUUGCUGUCUCUGAUGUUGUUAAGGAGAAGAAGGUCAAGUCUAGUUCAAACCUGCUGAUCACAAAAGAGGAAGGAUUAGAGAUAUAUGAAGAUAUGAUUCUUGGUAGGGCUUUUGAGGACAUGUGCGCCCAGAUGUACUACAGAGGCAAAAUGUUCGGUUUCGUUCACCUCUACAAUGGCCAAGAGGCUGUGUCAACUGGUUUUAUUAGGCUUUUGAAGAAGGAGGAUUCUGUGGUGAGCACAUAUCGUGAUCACGUGCAUGCCCUGAGUAAGGGAGUCCCAGCUCGUGAAGUGAUGAGUGAGCUCUUUGGAAGGACCACCGGAUGCUGCAGAGGCCAAGGUGGAUCUAUGCACAUGUUCUCUAAGGAACACAAUUUGCUUGGUGGGUUUGCGUUUAUUGGUGAGGGAAUUCCAGUUGCUACAGGUGCAGCCUUCUCCUCCAAGUAUAGGAGGGAGGUGUUGAAGGAGGCAGAUUGUGAUCAUGUGACAUUGGCAUUUUUCGGUGAUGGAACUUGUAACAACGGGCAGUUCUUUGAGUGCUUGAACAUGGCAGCAUUGUGGAAGUUGCCUAUUGUGUUUGUUGUGGAGAAUAACUUAUGGGCAAUUGGAAUGUCACAUUUGAGGGCAACUUCAGAUCCUCAAAUUUAUAAGAAGGGACCGGCAUUUGGGAUGCCUGGUGUUCAUGUUGAAGGGAUGGAUGUUCUGAAGGUGAGGGAAGUAGCCCAGGAGGCAAUUGGAAGAGCUAGGAGAGGCGAAGGGCCAACUUUGGUGGAAUGUGAGACAUACAGAUUUAGAGGGCAUUCAUUGGCUGACCCUGAUGAGCUUCGUGACCCUGAUGAGAAGGCUCGCUAUGCUGCUAGGGAUCCUAUCACAGCAUUGAAGAAACACUUGAUUGAGAGCAAGCUAGCAAAUGAAGCAGAGUUAAAGGCCAUAGAGAAGAAGAUUGAGGAGGUGGUUGAGGAUGCAGUUGAGUUUGCAGAUGCAAGUCCUCAUCCAGCUCGUAGCCAGCUGCUUGAGAAUGUAUUUGCAGAUCCAAAAGGUUUUGGUAUUGGACCUGAUGGGCGUUAUAGAUGUGAGGAUCCCAAAUUCACUGAGGGCACUGCUCAUGUCUAACCUUUUAAAUUUGAACAUUCAUCAAUCUAGUUAUGCUGGCUUUUAAUGUAAGAUUGCUUGUUUUAUAUUUAAUUACUGUUAGUAUUCACAUGUGCACUUGCUGAAAUGUAGUACUUAUGUAAGCAUGAUCUGUUCUUUAGGUUGCUUUUCUUUGUUAAAGUUUUGAAUUUGUCAUCUUGAUAUCAUUGUUUCCUGGACUAGUGUUUCAAAUGUCAAACCCGAAGGGCUAAUUUUCGUUUAGUCCUGUUCUGUGAAGGGAUAA